AUGGAUUCAAAUUUCUCCAUAUAUACAACAUCGUUGACUUUGGAGUCACUGGAAUUACCUCCAUCUAAUAUUUUUCCAGCAUUCAUAUUUGGAACUCUCACUUAUUGUACCAUUUUGUUUUUAAAUAUGACUGUGUUACUAACAAUUGCUCUGAAUCAAAAACUUUAUAAGCCUAUGUAUAUAUUGUUGUUUAACUUGCCACUCAAUGAUAUGGUGGGUGCCUCAGCCUUUUUCCCUCAGCUGGUGUCUAGUAUUCUGUCACAGAAUAGGUCCAUCACUUACUCUGCUUGUUUUGUACAAGCUUUUCUGACACAUAUGUAUGGUGCCGGAGCAUUUCUCAUUCUCAGUGCUAUGGCUUAUGACAGAUAUGUUGCAAUUUGUUGUCCAUUGAAAUACAACACUUUGAUGUCUCCAAAUAACUUGCUGAAAAUAAUUAUAAUAAUGUGGAUCUUAAAUUUUACUUCGAUUGGUUCACUACUUGCAUUGAACUACCGCAAAGAGAUUUGCAGCACACAAAUAGUUGACAUUUUCUGUAAUAAUCCAUCUUUAAUGAAGCUGGUAUGUGGAGAUACGAAGGUAAAUAACUACUAUGGACUGUUUGUAACAGCUUUUUUUGAAGGUAUGCUUCUGCUGAUAGUGGUCUUCACAUACGUCCAGAUCUUAAUCACUGUUAUUACAAAAAGACAGUCUGACGCCAAAAGUAAAGCAAUUCAGACCUGUGGUACACACUUAAUUGUUUUCUUGUGCUUCGAGUUCACCACACUGUUUCUCUUUAUAGCUCACAGACUUGAGUCAGCACCCCAAAACUUACGAAGGGCCUUAGGUGCUUCUGCCUUGAUUUUUCCUCCAAUACUUAAUCCUCUAAUAUAUGGGCUGAAAACAAGAGAAAUUCGACAGAAUCUUAUUUUCCUUUUCCAUAAGAAGGUUUUACCAACAAAACAGAAAAACAAAACAAAGCACAGUGAAAAGACAAUUGCAGUAAGAAAUAUCUGGAAACAAUGA